UUCAGGCUUCUCUUUGAGAAAACUACUUCAGUGACUGAAGUGGACCUGAAAAACUCUUCAGGAAGUUUCAGUGUGGUAUUGUACAACCUCAACUACUAUGUGAAGUUGUUGGUGACGGUGAUAACAGCCGCUUUUGCAGGAGUCCUACAUUGGUGUCACAUAACAACUCUUUUUGAAAAUGACCGUCAUUUUUCUCACCUCUCAACGCUAGAAAGAGAAAUGGCUUUUCGCACGGAAAUGGGUCUUUAUUACUCCUACUUCAAGAUCAUUAUUGAGGCACCAUCGUUUUGGAAUGGAGUAUGGGCAAUUAUGAAUGACAGACUAACCGAAUAUCCGUUAGUGAUUAACACCUUACAAAGGUUCAAUCUUUACCCAGAGGUGGUCCUUGCCGGCUGGUACCGCAUAUAUACUGCCAGUAUGGAUUUCCUUGGUGUGCCAACAAAGAUCUGUUGGACUGUAAACAGAGGAAAAGGGCUUAGUCCUGUUGAAAGCUGCGAGGGGUUGGGAGACCCUGCUUCCUUUUAUGUUGCUGUGAUUUUUCUUUUGAAUGGAUUAAUGAUGUCACUGUUCUUCAUAUACGGUACAUACCUCAGUGGGAGCCGUUUAGGAGGCCUUGUUACUGUGAUGUGUUUCUUUUUCAACCAUGGAGAGUGCACUCGUGUCAUGUGGACUCCUCCUCUUCGUGAAAGUUUCUCAUACCCAUUCCUUGUGCUUCAGAUGUUGCUUUUGACCUAUAUUCUCAGGAUUCCGAAUAUUAAUACAGGAAGCUUGAUUGCACUGUGUGUUUCUAAUAUCUUUUUCAUGCUUCCCUGGCAGUUUGCUCAGUUUGUUCUUCUAACGCAGAUAGCUUCAUUAUUUGCUGUGUGUAUUAUGGGUUAUAUUGACUCCUGCAAAUUACAGAAGAUACUCUCUGCUCAUAUGGUAUCUCUUGUAGUGUGUUUUAUUCUGAUGUUUGGUAAUUCAAUGUUAUUGACAUCAUAUUAUGCUGCAUCUUUAGUAGUUAUCUGGGGAAUUCUUGAAUUGAGUCCAAAAAUCUUGAAAAGCAGCAGAAGAGAAGUUUAUCUAUGGGUCAUUGAAGGAUGUGCCUGGUUAUUUGGGACAGUCACCUUGAAAUACCUAACUUCUUUAGUGUUUGGAAUAGCUGAUGAUGCUCAUAUAGGCAAUAUAUUAAAAUCUAAAUUUAUUGGCUACAAGGAUUUUGAUACUUUAAUGUAUACCUGUGCUGCAGAGUUUGACUUCAUGGAAAAAGAGACUCCAGUAAGAUACACAAAGACUCUGCUAUUACCAGUUGUUCUGGUGGUUUUUGGGGUAAUCAUGAAAAGGGCAAUUAAAUAUCUCAUGUGGGCCUUAUCUCAGGAAGGCCAAUAUGAAAGAGAGGAGCGUUUUAACCAUGGUGAGCUGGUAUACCAUGCAUUGCAGCUGUUGGCGUACAGUGUCCUAGCGAUUUUAAUCAUGAGACUAAAACUGUUUUUGACACCACAUCUAUGUGUUAUGGCUUCCUUGGUGUGUUCAAAACAG